AUGUUAGUCAGUAAUUUAGGUUCUUUGAAAAAUAACUGUAGGGUAUGUGGAGAAGCGCAAGCGAGCAUGCAUUAUGGGGUCAUGACAUGCUGUGGCUGCAAAGGUUUUUUCCGACGUGCACUGAAACGAGCGCAUAAGUAUGACUGUAAAAAUAAUCGAAAUUGUGUUAUUGAUAAAAAUGUAAGAAAUUCUUGUCGAUACUGCCGUUUUCAGCGAUGCCUUCAAGUUGGAAUGGAUCCAUUAGCUGUACGGCCAGAUCGUGAUUUUACUGGUCCACAUCACGCACCGCAGAGGGUGUCAGUAACAAAGAAACGGCGAACGAGUUCCUCAACAAACAGUGAUGGUUCAACUGAAUGGAUCAAAAGAUUACCACUAGAAAUUCGAACUACACUAUUUACUUUACUGAACAUUGAAGCUAAGGUUAUAAAAGGAGAUACCAGACAAAAAGCUUCUGAAUUAUACCCAUUGCCAGAAAGUACGCUACGAGAACUUAUUGAGGAUCCAGAAAGGCUGAAGGGUCAUCGGUCUGAAAUGCGUUAUGAACCAUAUACUAUGGCAAAAAGUGAAGAAUUGUUACUUAUCGCCUACAGACGAUUGAUAGCUGCAGUAGACUGGGUUAAUCAAAUGGCAGAACUUACUGGUGGAUUUUCACUAGACGAUAAGAUAGCUCUUAUAAAGAAUUGUUUUGCACCAUUACUUGUAUUCAACUGCGCAGUUCGAACCGCAGAAGUAACCGAUGAUCCAGAUGUUUUGUGCCUGUGCAAUUUUUCUUUUGUUCCUCGAGAUACUGCUAAAGCAUACAAGGAUUCAUAUCACUUGGAAAAUGGUUUGGUCAGUCGAGCGCUGGAUGAAUUGGUUACACCGUUACGUAAUAUCAAACUGUUACCAGAAGAAAUUGUCUGUUUGAACGCUACAGUAGUGCUGAAUCCACGUAAAUCAUUAAUCUGUUUAUUUUUAAUUGAUUUACGUAAUCGAGUUCAAGAUACACUUUUUCAAAUUAUUAAAGAAACGAGAGGAACUAAACACGCUAACGUACACUACGGAAACCUUCUGUUUUUUCUUCCAGUAGUUAAAGAAAUUUCUAUAGCAAUGAGCGAAAAUUUGCAAUUUGCACAAACAUUCAGUUCGUUGGGUCCUGUUCCGUUACUGACGAACACUUAUGGUUCAUUUCCAGUUGAGGAGUUUCAGUCAGAAUUCGAUGACGACAACCAUGAGGAUUUCGGGGAGUACAAUUUAGUCGACAAGGCUACCCAAACUCUUGCCAGUUUCAGAAGAAUAAAGGAGAAAGAGCUGCUAUCGCAAAACUUUAGAUAUCACAGCUUCCCAAAUUUUUUUUACAGUUUUCGAUAUUUCCAAAUUGACAUCCUUACACUAAUAACAUUACCCUGA